CCAAGCUGGAAAGCAGGCGAUAGACGCAUCGACCCUUCUAUCGGUGCAGCAGCCAUGGCUACCAAUGGAGAUACAGAGAUUGCUGAGGUUGAUGCGAUGGCCACCGAUGAGGCGGCACCCGCCGACGAUGCACCACCGGCUGAGACCGCCGCAGAGUUGAAGGCGGACACAAAGACUCUGGAGAAGGGCGUCGAGAAGCAGGCUACUGAUCCAGAAUCAGCGCUCGAGAUAUUUGGUCGGAUCAUGGCGGACGACUCUGCGGGUGCGGAGGCUCUGAGGGUGAAAGAGCAGGCCAUUCAGGCGACGGGGGAUAUACUGGCGAGUCAGGGCAAGGCCCAGGAGCUGCGCGAGCUGCUGAAAAGCCUGCGGCCUUUCUUUGGUCUGAUCCCUAAGGCAAAGACGGCCAAAAUUGUGCGCACAAUCAUUGACCAGGUGGCGAAAGUGCCAAACUCCACACACGUGCAGGUGGAGCUGUGCAAAGAACAGGUGGAGUGGACAAAGCAGGAGAAGAGGAGCUUCUUGCGGCAGAGGGUGGAGUCUCGAUUAGCGGCGCUAUACAUGGAGAUCGGGGAGUUCCAGGGAGCGCUGCAAUUGAUAGGCUCGUUGCUGCGGGAGGUGAAGCGGUUGGACGACAAGCUGCUGCUGGUGGAGAUCCACUUGCUGGAGAGCAAGCUGCACCACGGCCUGCGGAACCUGCCAAAGGCCAAGGCAGCGCUCACAGCAGCCAGGACCGCUGCCAACUCGAUCUACGUCCCGCCAGCACAGCAGGGCCUGAUUGACAUGCAGUCCGGGACGCUGCACGCGGAGGAGAAGGACUACAAGACGGGGUACUCCUACUUCUACGAGGCCUUUGAGGCCUUCUCCGCGCUGGACGACCCCAAGGCCGUGCUCUGCCUCAAGUACAUGCUGCUCUGCAAGGUGAUGACGAACCAGGCGGAGGACGUGAACAGCAUCAUCUCCUCCAAGGGCGGCCUCAAGUACACGGGCCCCGAGGUGGACGCGCUGAAAGCUGUCGCGACCGCGCACAGCAAGCGCUCCCUCGCAGACUUUGAGCGCGCGCUGCAGGACCAUGGGGAGCAGCUCAAGGGUGACGCCAUCAUCGAGCACCACCUGGCGGCACUUUACGACACGCUGCUGCAGCAGAACUUGAUCCGCAUCAUCGAGCCGUACUCGCGAGUCGAGCUCACGCACGUGGCGAAACUGAUCAACUUGCCGCAGCCGAAAGUAGAAGCGAAGCUGUCGCAGAUGAUUCUCGACCACCGGUUCGCAGGCACGCUCGAUCAGGGAGCGGGGGUGCUCAUCAUCUUCGAUGACCUACCGCCAGAUACGAUUUACCCAACGGCACUAGAAACGAUCGAGAAUAUGGGCAAGGUGGUAGAUAGUCUAUACAGAAAGUCUGCCAAGAUUGCAGCAUGAGACUCUGUCAGCAAUCUGCAUGGUCGAGGUUUGAGCUACUUUGAGCUUCAAAAAGGCAUCUCAAUUCGAAUCGCCAUGCAGGUGUCAUCGUGCUCUAUAUGCAAACCAUAACGUGAC